CAGUCCCGAAGCCGUCGAUGCCGGUGUCCAGUGAGUCAGGGUCUGCGUCUUCUGAUGAGGAGAGCGUGGCUGACGCCCAGCCUCCGCCCCAGGACUGGAGCUGGGAAGGGAGGCCCGUGGGCUCGCUGCGACCCUACCAGAACCGAGAGGGCCAGUGGAUAUUGCCAAUAUUCGGCGAGUUGAAAGCACCCCCGUCUCCCCUUCUGAGAUACAUAGAUGAUCCCGAGGGAGAGCUGGAGAGAAUGCUGUCCGGCUAUGAGGAGUUGGAGCGCACGCUGCAGUACAGGUUCCGGGACAGGUCGCUGUUGCUGCAGGCCCUGACCCACGCGUCCCACAGCACCAACACACUCACUGACUGCUACCAGAGGCUGGAGUUCCUGGGGGACGCGAUAUUAGACUAUCUCAUCACGCGGCACUUGUAUGAAGAUCCUCGGCGACACUCCCCGGGCGCCCUUACAGACCUGAGGUCAGCUCUGGUCAACAACACCAUUUUCGCCACCCUGGCUGCGAGGCAUGGAUUCCACAAAUACUUCCGUCACAUGUCUCCGGGUCUCAACGAGGUGCUCACGAAGUACGUUAAGAUACAAGAGGAGAAUGGACACUCCAUCAGCGAAGAGCACUACCUGAUCCAGGAAGAUGAGCUGGAGCAAGCUGAAGAUGUGGAGGUCCCGAAGGCGCUCGGGGAUCUGUUCGAGUCUGUCGCCGGCGCCAUAUUCCUGGACUCUGGUAUGUCUGUGGCAGCAGUGUGGUCCUCGUACGCUCGGCUUAUGAUGGCAGAACUGGAGGCAUUCAGUGCUGCCGCUCCCAAGUCUCCUGUGAGGGAACUGCUCGAGGCUGAACCAGAUACGGCCAAGUUUGGUAAACCGGAGCGCUUGGCUGACGGGAGACGCGUGCGGGUAUGCGUGGAAGUAUUCGGACGAGGCACCUUCAAAGGAAUCGGUCGUAAUUACCGCAUCGCCAAGGGAACGGCCGCCAGAUGUGCACUGAGGCAUCUAGCGCACUGUCGCUCCUAGCGAUCCCUCAGGAACACCCUGACAAUAUAAAAUUUGACGUAGUUCCUGACGUUCCAAGCCACAAAAAUCACAUUUUAAGGAAUUUCUGUUUAAGGUUUUAUAAAUAUUAGUGUGUUCCAUACAUGUGGGUUGGGCUACUAACGGCCGUUCCCAACUAUCUACAGGUAGAGAUAAAUUACUACCUUCUACUGUCAGUAAUCUGAAGCUGUCCCAAUAUACUCGAUAAUUAUUCUUAUCGCCAUUAUUAUAUUGGGACGCGUGAAUUGCAAUUUCCAUACAAACUUCUAUCGCUGGUAAGCUAUACGUCGUCCCAUUGACACACAGAGUGUACGGAUAAGAUGAGUUACCGUCGAUAAGUUUUUAACUCAAGUAAGAGAUUGACUGAAUAUUGGGAAAGGCCGUAAGUCAUAAUGUCAUUUAAAGAGUGACAGUAGGGCUGCCAUUUUUCGUUAGUCCGUUAAUAUGAAUCACGUGACCAGUUUUGCAGUCUUAACUCAAUUUCGACAUGAUUGUGGUUUGGAACGUUAAUUUUUUUGGAAUUACGUCCAAUUGAAAGACUUUAUAUUGUCAGUUUGCGAAGGUUAGGUGAUAAAUAUUCCGAAACGAAUGUCGCUUAACUAUCGCAUUGGGAGUGUUCAUAACUUAAAUAAUAAGUCAGAAACCGUAGGUAUAUAGUAAUUUAAUAUCUUUUAUUAAAUAUAAUUCAUAUAUUAAUAACACUCUUGUGUAACAAUUUGUAACCAAAACUAUGAACGAUGCGGGACUCGAACCCGGGACUUUCUCGAACGGUUGGAUCAGAGCGCUCGGACGGAACCCGAGAGGUCGCGGGGUUGAGUCCCGCAUCGCUCAUAAAUUCUGGUUACAAAUCUAAUUGUAUGACUAAUCCCAAAAGUGAGGAUAUCACUUUAUUAUAAUAAAAUAAAGUAAAACUUAAACAAUAUAUUAAAAUUAAUUAAUUACAAAUAUUGAAUAGUGGGAGGCUCCUUUGCACAGAAUCCCGGCUAGAUUAUAAGUACCAAAACGGCGCCUAUUUCUGCCGUGAAGCAGUAAUGUGUAAACUUUACUGUGUUUCGGUCUGGAGGGCGCCGUAGCUACUUUUAAAUUACUGGGCAAAUGAGUCUCAAGGUGACGAGCGCAAUUGUAGUGCUGCUCAGUAUUUUUGGGGUUUUUCAAGCACCCAGAGCGGUACUGCAUUGUAAUGGGCAGGGCGCAUCAAUAACAACCAGCUGAACGUCCUACUCGUGUCUCGUCCCUUUAUUGCUUAAAAAAAAGACGAGAAAUAUUAUUUAAUUAAGUUUAACAUAGUUUGAAUGUACUUGAAGGAUGUUAAAUUUAACUUAAAUUUGUGUUUAUUUUUAAUUCAUAAUUUAUGUUUUAGCACAUCAGAACUUUUUGGAAUAUUCCAAAUAUAUUAUUUACUUCUAUAUGUAUCAAAAAUCCAGUUCUGAUGAUAGAAGCUUUGAUUUAGACAUCAAAAUCAUAAAUUUUUUAGAAAAUAUUUAAUGACGUAUCUAGUUAGAUUAAGUAGUAUUUAAGAUAGUUUUUGUAUUCUAAACAAUAACGUUCUAUACAUAUACACUCAUCACGUCGUGUAAGAACAAAACCGAAAUAUGGAACAUGUCACAAAUUACUCCAUAAUAGACUUACACUGUAAUAUACCUUUAUCUAUACCCAUGCUUUAAAUCCUCUAUAAAAGAUAAUAAAACAGUUAGCUAAUUGCCAACAUUAAAACACCCAAUGUCCUAAUAACCAAAACAUCGUCAAAACGAGUGUUGUAAUUAAAUCCAGUACAACAUUACAACACUCGUUUGGAUGAUGUAAUGGUUAGUAGGACUGGCUUUUUUUAAUGUUAGCAAUAAUAAACCCACAUUCGUGUUUUAAUACCCCUUAUUACACAACAUAAAUAACUAUUACAUUGCCGCAUUUACUUCAGUUGUUUAAAAUAUUCUUAGUGAAUAAGCAGCAAUGUAAAUUCAGUUCAGGUCUGAUUCUUACAGUGACGGUUGACACACGACUAAUGAGAAAAAUGUGCUUACAUUGUCUUUAAGCACACUUUUGCCGUUCCGUUAUCAGACUGCGAAUGAUAUGUCCUUAAAUAUAAAUAGAAUAAAUUGGUUUACGACGAAAACCAUUUAUUCAUAGUAUUUACUUGCCUUAAAAUGUAUAUAUAUAUACUUUUUAAAUAUUUUAGUGGACUGUAUUUUAAUAUUGUAUAACUACAAUUGACUGCCAAAUUUUAUCUAAAAAAUAUUCAGUAAUUUUAAGUAAUUGAUUGAAAUAUAUUUAGUGCUUGGAAUAAAAUAAUAUCUCUUAGUUAUAAGAAAUUUAAUAUUUUAAUAAUUAACUAUUGUGUAUUUAAAUAUUUAAAUGAAAUACAUAUUAUUAUAUGAUCGUGUAAAUAUAUUUUAUACUUAAAUAUAUUAAAUAAUUAAUAAAUUUAAUCAAAA